AAGAGAGAUCAAGAAAUAGUCAUGGUGUCAUCGCCACGGAGUGAAUCUACCUCCGGCAACAACAAUACAACCACUCCCGAUGGAAUCAGCGGCAAGAGAACUCCUUCCUCUUCUUCUUCGGAAGAUAAAUCUCCUUCAUCCAAACGCCCAAAGGUUUCUGAUCGGAGACCUUACUUCUUCCCCAUCUGGAGCUUCUGGUUUGAAAUAUUUAGGGCGAUUUUGGGGAUUUCCGUUUUCGUUUCAGUUGGGAGAUGGCGGCGGCGCUUCUAUCGAGAACAGUAAACCUCCAACCUCCGGAGAAGCCAAGAUUGCGGCGGAACCACCACCACCUCCUGUUGCGGAAGGCUCAACACCAGAUAGUUCUUUUUCCGGAUGGAAAUAUCAACACAGUACAUUUAAGACUCCAUGGUGUCGAUUGCUAUCAGAGUCUGCACAGCAUCCAAACGUUAACAUUUCUACAUCGUCCUUCACUAUUGGUUCUUGUCUAACCUCCAACCUCACAUUAAAAGAUCGGAAUCUUGGUGCAUUAUUGUGCAAGAUCACAAGAAUUCAGCGCAAUGGCAAUGUUGUAGCGGUUCUAGAUAUCACAGGAACCGGGGGACCUGUGCGGAUAAAUGGAGCACUUGCCAACAAGAAUGUCAGCCAUGUCCUACACUCUGGUGACGAAUUGGUUUUCGGUGACGAAUUGGCUUUCAUAUAUCAGCAGAUGUCUAAAGUUGCAGUCAAAUCUGGUGGGGAACAGGUUCCUGCAGCAAAAUUUCUACAGUUAGAGAGAGAGGCAAGAGAUCCAUCAACUGUUUCGAUUUUGGCAUCGCUUGAAAUCUCGCGUGAGAAUCCUGCUACUUCUGGCGUCCAAGAAGGCGCAGAGCUUGAAUUUGACAAUCAAAGUAAUAAAGCUGCAGACAGUGGAGUAGUCAGCAGCCACAACCAAGAUUCCAAAAUGGAGAUAUUAGAUGAGAAAAACGAGGUGACAAGGAGGCCAGAACAAGCUGCAAGAUUCAGGAAAUAUAUUCAAGCUGGAAUUGUUGAAGGCGAAAGAUUGAAAUUUUCAUUCGAAAAUUUUCCUUAUUAUUUGAGUGAGAAUACAAAGAACGUCUUACUAGCUGUUUCACAUAUACAUCUGAACAAAGAGAAUACAGGAUAUGCCCUAUAUGCCUCCGACUUUACCACUUUGAAUCCAAGGAUAUUGCUUUCUGGUCCUGCAGGAACUGAAAUAUACCAAGAGAUAUUAGCUAAAGCACUUGCCAAAUACUUCAAGGCGAAAUUGCUAAUUUUUGACGGCCAUCCAAUUUUGGGGGUUAUGACUGCUGAAGAAUUUGAGUCACUGAUGAAUGGACCUGCUUCUAAAGAGCUCAUUGACCGAGGGAAAAGCUUGGAUUUGUCAGCAGGUGAAGGAGGUUCAUCUAGCCCUUCUCCUGCUACUUCUCCCGGUCCAGACUCACAGCCUAAGUUUGAGCCGGAGACUUUACCUUGUUCAUUUGGAACUCCAGUGAAUCAUACUUUGAAGAAAGGUGACAGGGUAAGAUUCAUAGGUGAUGAGUUGUGUUCGGGGCUACCUACCUCAAGGGGACCACCUUAUGGGGUUAGAGGGAAAGUACUUUUAGUAUUUGAUGAGAAUCCUUCAGCUAAAGUGGGUGUUAGAUUUGAGAAUCCAGUAGUUGAUGGCGUUGAUCUUGGUGAACUGUGUGAAAUGGGACAUGGGUUCUUCUGCAGUGCUACUGAUCUUCAGUUUGAAAGCUCGGGUUCUGAGGAUCUAAAUGAAUUACUUGUUAGCCAAUUGUUUGAGGUUGCCCAUGAUGAGAGCAGAACUUGUCCGGUUAUUCUAUUCCUGAAAGAUGAUGAGGAAGUUUUUGUUGGAAAUUCCGAUUUCUGCUCUGCAUUCAAAAGCAAAGUUGAAGAAAUCCCAGAUAACGUAAUUGUGAUCUGUUCACAGACACACUCUGAUAAUCACAAGGAGAAGGAUAUUGGACUUCUAACGAAUCUCUUUGGGAAUAAAGUUACCAUUUACGAGCCACAGGGUGAGGAUCUUCUUAAAUCUUGGAAGUAUCAUUUGGAUCGUGAUGCUGAGACUUUGAAAACAAAGGCUAAUCGCAAUCACUUGCGCAUGGUGUUGGGACGAUUUGGUAUAGAUUGUGAAGGCAUUGAGACGCUGUGCAUGAAGGAUCUCACACUUCAAAGUGACAGUGCAGAAAAGAUCAUUGGAUGGGCUCUUAGUCACCAUAUAAAGUGUAAUCCUGAUGCUGAUCCAGAUGUUAGUGUCACUUUGUCUCUUGAUAGCUUAAAAUGUGGAAUAGAACUCUUUCAGGCUCUUGUAAAUGAAACUAAGAGCCCGAAGAAGUCUCUCAAGGACAUUGUGACAGAAGUUGAUUUUGAGAUAAGUGAUGUUAUUCCGCCCAGUGACAUUGGUGUUACAUUUGAUGACAUUGGGGCACUUGAGAAUGUCAAAGACACUUUAAAGGAAUUGGUUAUGCUUCCUUUACAACGGCCUGAACUUUUCUGCCAAGGGCAAUUAACAACGCCUUGUAAAGGAAUUCUCUUAUUUGGACCUGCUGGAACUGGAAAGACCAUGCUUGCAAAGGCAUUGGCAACGGAAGCUGGUGCUAAUUUGAUCAACAUCUCAAUGUCAAGGUGGUUUAGUGAGGGUGAGAAAUAUGUCAAAGCUGUCUUUUCGUUGGCCAGUAAAAUCUCCCCUAGCAUUAUCUUUAUGGACAAGGUGGACAGCAUGCUAUUCCAAGAUCAGAAGACGGCAAAUGAGUUCAUAAUAAAUUGGGACGGUCUGAGGACAAACGAAAAGGAACAUGUUCUGGUUCUUGCAUCCACAAAUAGACCUUUUGACCUUGAUGAGGCUGUCAUUAGAAGGUUGCCUCAUAGGUUGAUGGUGGGACUACCAGAUGCUCUGAGUAGAGCAAAGAUAUUGAAGGUUAUACUUGCAAAAGAAGACUUGUCCCCUGAUUUUGAUAUCGAUGCAGUUGCUAGUAUGACUAAUGGAUAUUCUGGAAACGAUCUUAAGAAUCUAUGUGUUACUGCUGCCCGCCGUCGAAUCAAGGAGAUAGUGGAGAAGGAAAAAAGUGAGCGAGAUGCUGCUCUGGCUGAAGGAAGAGUUCCUCCAGCACGAAGUGGAAGUUCUGAUAUCCGAGCUUUAAACAUAGAGGAUUUCAGAAACGCACUUGAGCUGGUGAGUAUGAGCGUCUCAUCAGAGUCUGUGAACAUGACAGCGCUUCGAAAAUGGAACGAACAUUACGGGGAAGGUGGAUCCAGUAAAUGGAACGAACAUUACACGUAGGAUAACAUCUACUUUAGAAGCAGAAUGUGUUGUAUAUUUUGUUCACGUGAAUAGAUAGAUAGUCAUAAAACAGUAUAAUAUAUAGUGAGUUCUGAUAUAGAAUAACCGGGUUUUAGUCGGAGUUUUGAUACAAACCGGUCAAGUUCGGUCACCUUGAUUUUGAUUACGAUUAGUGAGUUUUCUGCUA